UAUGCUAAAAUGAUGGACUAUGAUUCUAAACAACUAAUAGAUGAUAUAAUUAAAGAAGCAGGUUGGAAAACAAAUUAUGCCUUUCCUGUUGCAUCGAAAGAGAAUGCCUAUCUUAUAAAUUUAUUGAUUGACGUUAAAAUAAAAUGUAAAGUUUUGGAUGAUGAGAUUGAGCAGUAUCGCUCUAAAAAUGCUAAACUCAAAACACACUUAUCAAUGGUGAAACAAGAACAAUCAAUAACUGAAUCACUUUUAGCACAACGUCAAAAAGAAAUUGAUGCAAAAAAACAUGAAAUUUGUUUAAUGGAAAGAGAAACUGGUCAGUUAAAAUUGUUUCUGUCUAAUAUUGCAAAGCAAAGGAAAGAGAUCGCUAAUAGAACUGACCACUUUGAGUCUUCAGAAACUAUUGGAUGAUAUUAAAUAUUCAGAAAGUCGUUUAAAUGAAAUCACUGAUAAACGUAUUACAGCUGAACGUUUAGCUAAGAUAGCUGAUGAAAAUUUACAAAAUCAAGAAAAGUGUAAGAAAGAAGCAUUGAAUUAUCAUGAAAAACUGAAAGUUUUGAUGUUUAAAACAAAUGAGG